AUGAAUAAAAGAACGGAGGGCAAAUUUAGAUUACCUGACUCUGAGGACAAUUGUCUUCUCAAAUUCCUCAGUGAGAAGGUCAUUCGGGUAACUCCUCAGAUUGAAGCUCAUCUUACUUUCUUGCGUGGACUGGACAAGCGUGACGAUAUUGAGAUUGACUUCUGGAGAAGCCCAAGUUAUCUUUUCCAGGCAGUUGAUAUUGAAGUUUCAGAGAAAGAUUUCUCAACCCUUUCCUCCAUCCUUGAAGGCCAUGGUAUCGAUUUCGAAGUCCAAAUCAAUGAUGUGCAGAAAUUGAUCGAAGAGGAGCUUGAAACGGUUGGAGGAAGGAGUGGAGGAUGGCACGAUAGAUAUCACAACCUUGAAGAGAUUCACUCUAAAUUGAAUGAGUUCAGUGGACGCAUGGCAUCUAUCUUAUAUCUGGGAAGGUCACACGAGGGAAAGGAAAUGCGGGCCAUACAGAUAAAAGGAAGGGGCCGUUAUAACAAGCCGGUGUUUUUCAUUCAAUGUGGAAUACAUGCCAGAGAGUGGGUGUCUCCGGCAACCUGUAUGUACAUCAUAGACCAGAUGACUCAGAAGUAUGGAAAAGAUUCAUCAGUAACGGCUCUCUUAGAUAAGAUGGAUUUCGUGAUAUUGCCAGUCCUAAAUGUUGAUGGAUACGCUUACACCUGGAUAAACCCGAGAGACAGGAAAUAUCGUCUUUGGAGGAAGAAUCGUCGUUACCAUGGUUCAAGAUAUCGCUGCCAUGGCGUGGAUUUAAACAGAAACUGGAAUCAUGGUUGGGGAGGCUCUGGGGCCAGCCACAGGCCAUGUGAUACCACCUACAGGGGUUCGUCACCUUUCUCUGAGAUCGAAACCCGUAAUGUUCGCAACUAUUUGGAAGGAAUGGGAGGAAAGCUGAAGGGUUUUAUCGAUUUCCAUGCCUACAGUCAGAUGUGGUUUAUUCCGUGGGGGUACACUUCCAGAAGAACACCGGACUAUAGUGAGCAGAUAAGAGUCGCUAAGGCUGCCUCAGAUGCUCUGAGAAGGGAACAUGGAACAAGAUUUAAAUAUGGCUCGUCUGCAUCUCUGUUGUAUCCUGCGUCUGGAGGCUCGGAGGAUUGGACCUACGGAAAGCUUGGAGUGACUUACUCGUUUUCCGUAGAGUUACGUGACACAGGUCGUCACGGUUUCUUACUGCCAGCCUAUCAAAUCAUCCCAACAGGAGAGGAGACAUUCGAAGGGUUAAAAGCCUUGGUCAGAGAAAUGAGAGUGUAAUCAUUCAAGGAGGAUAAAAUUGUAAUGUGCAACUUCUGAUUAUAAAACGAAUAAAGAAAGCUUAACACAUGU